CUACCCCAGAUCUCACUACGCAAACAUGGCGGCUUCGAACGAGGUGUUCAUGUCAACACUCGUUCUGUCGUGUUGUGCGUGCUUAAUCCUCGCGUGUGUUUCAGCAAGCUCUGAUGACGCCUGGGAUGAUCUAGGGCGCUUGUGGAAGAGUGGUGCAACGCGAGGGGAACCCCCGCCUAUGGAAAAGUUUAGAGUCGCCAUACUUGAUGGUAAAAGGAUCUUGCAUACCAGUGACUCACUAUUUAGGUCAGGGAUGCCCCGUGCGAGGCCACGUUUGUAUGUUGACAGUUUUGAGCGUCUCAAAAACAAGCACCAAACACCAUAUGUGCCCUUUUAUUCAAGAGCAAAUCCAAACCUACCGAUAACUGCGCACAACAUAGUAAAAAGAGUAGCUAAAGUGUCGCGUAAAAGCAAGGCUAGUGUGAUACAUAUGUUACCAGAGGGAAGAAAUGACGCCCCUAUCAGUAAAGUCACCAAAGACGGUACAUUCGGCCACUGGGAACCGCUGACCCAGCAGAAGAUUAAGUAUGACCCGUCCAGUAACACUAUGGUGGUCACCAGGGCCGGUUUCUUCCACGUGUACGCCCAGGUCCAUUUCCACAUGUUCACCUCGCAUGCUAUGGUGUUCUGUUUAUACAAGACUGAUUUUAGGACGGCACAGCGCAAAGGAAACGACAGGUCCAACUCCCCAAGCCUCGUGUGCGGAGAGUCCACUCCCAGCUACACGCCUCACACCCCCCAGUGCGCAGUACACCCCUGCGGCAUUAACGGAUGCAGAUGCACGUGGUUCAAUGCCGCGACCGUGCACGUGGCCGGGACGUUCUUUCUCGCGAGAUAUGACGCGAUCUGGCUUGCAGUUCGGGGAGAUGAGGAUGUUGGUUAUGAUAUAAAGAUAAACUUGAACUCGACUUACUUUGGUGCUUACUCUGUGUAAUAUUCUAAGCAAUGGAACAUUCCCAUAAUCAUUACACUGUACAUAUCCAUCGCUUUAUUCUCAAAUGAUUAUCUAUUUUUAUAUUAAGAGAGAACCCCAGAACUAUUUACUUCAUCCUCGUCCUCUAUUAUCCAGGUAAUUUCCUCGAUUUGUAACUUUGACUUUGUGAUAUUUUGAGGUAAUUUGACCAAAUGUUUA